AUGUCAUCCAGCACGGCAGGGGGUAGUUUCACCCACCAUUCGAAUGGCAAUGGGAACGGUGUAGGAAAAGCGAAACGUGUAAUCAGCGAAAGUAGCGAUGAAGAAGAUAUCCCUCUAGCCAAGAAAGCGAGACCUUCAACAAUCUCAAACGGAAGUGCAAUUAAAGAUGAAGAUGAUUCAUCGGAAGAUGAGGCUCCUUUAGCAGCCAGAAGUGCUAAACCUCGUCCAAGUAUCGUAGCAAAAGAGGAAGAUGACGAUUCAAGCGAUUCAGACGUUCCUCUUGGUCAAAGCUCAUCCUCACCACCAAAGAAAGGUAUCAAAAGAGAAUCACCAGAAUCAGAUGAAGAUUCAGAUGUGCCUCUAGGGGAAAGUCAGCGUAGCAAUGGCUCCAAAAAUGGCGCUAAACAAGCUGACAGCGAUGAUGACGAUGAGGAGGAAGAGGAGGACGAUGAAGACGAUGAUGAUGAUGAAGACGACGAAGACGAUGGGGAGAGCAGCAAAGGUAAAAAGAAGGGUAAAGCAGGAAAAAUCGAAUUGACCGGAACAGGAGGUGUUAAAUGGACAACAUUGUAUCAUACUGGACCGCGAUUCCCUCCUGCACACGACCCAUUACCAAAGAACAUAAAGAUGAAGUAUGAAGGCAGACCUGUUGAUCUUUUGCCAGAAGCAGAAGAAGCAGCUUACUUCUACGCAAUCAAGCUAGAAACGCAACAUGCAAGGGACAAGGUCUUCAAUAGCAACUUCUUUGACGAUUUCAAAUCUGUCUUGAAACAGUACCCUCCGCGUGAUGGUACGAAGAUUAAAGAGUUUAGCAAAUGCGACUUCCAGGAUAUGUACGCCUACUUCCGAACAAUCAAAGAUGAGGAAGCAGCAAAGAAGAAGCUAAUGGCGCCCAGUCAACGAAAGAAGUUGCUUGAGGAGAAAAAGAAAGCCGAGGCGGAAAUGAAGACAUGUGUUGUUGAUGGCGUCGAGCAAAGAGUGGGAAAUGUGAUCGUUGAACCUCCGGCUUUGUUCUUGGGUCGUGGAGAGCAUCCAAAAAAGGGAAGAAUCAAACGUCGUGUCCCACCCGAAGCAAUCACAAUCAAUCACACUUUGGGAGACCCAAAUCAUCCUCCACCCGCACCGCCUGCAGGACAUAAAUGGAAAGAAGUACGUGAAGAUCGAACGACGACAUGGCUAGCCUAUUGGAUCGAGAAUAUCAAUGGACAGUACAAGUACAUGUACUUGGACGCUACCAGUGGUUUCAAGAGUAACUCUGAUCGAGAGAAAUUCGAAAAGGCUCGUCGAUUGGAUAAGGUUGUCGACAGAUUGCGAUCGAAUAUUGACAAGAUGAUCGUUUCUAAACAACGUCAAGAAAGACAGUUAGGUACAGUGAUCUGGUUGAUUGACAAUUACUCAUUGCGUGCUGGUAAUGAAAAGGGCGAUGAUGAAGCAGCAACCUAUGGUGUAUGCUCUUUGUUGGUAGAACACGUUAAAGCCCUCAACGACGACCGACAUCAAGUCAAGCUUGAAUUCUUGGGUAAGGAUAGUAUGAAGUUCAAGGAAACUCUCAACGUGCCAGAAAGAAUUUUCAAGAAUUUUAAGAUGUUCACUCAAUCGACGAGAAACGUCAAAGGAGAUUUGGCAGUCAAGAGUAAGACUGAUGAAAUCUUCGAUAAAGUCGACACAAAAGAUGUCAAUAAGUUCUUGCAGGAUCCUAGCAACGGUGGUCAAAAAGGUCUUUCUGCCAAAGUUUUCCGUACCUACAAUGCUUCGACAACGUUCCAAGGUUUGUUGAACCAGACUGAGCAGAAUCUCAAAGCUGCUGGUUUAACUCCAACACCGCAGAUCUUGCGUGAUCAAUACAAUCAAGCAAAUCGAUUAGUCGCAAUUUUGUGUAACCAUCAAAAGACAGUGAACCCUGUCCAAAGUGACAAAGCAGCGGCAAGAUUUGAGGAGAGAAUGUUGGCAGUAAAGUAUGAAAGAUUUAAAGAACGUCAAAAACUUUUGACGCAUUAUAAGCCAAAAGAUCUCAAAGCUCAAUAUCCUGCAAAAGAGCAUGAUUUUGCAAAGCGAUGGUCAGAAAUUUUGGCUGAGAUCGAUAUAACAAAAGAUCAAAUUCGUGAACAUGAAGAGCGAAUGAUCACGAAUAAGAAAGAUCGAAUUCAAAUGACUUUCGAUCGUGCAGAAUUGGAACGCAAGUAUCUUGCCGAACAAGCAAAAGCUGAAGGAAAGAAGAAAAAGGUGAAAAAGGAAGAAGCUGUUGAAGAAACCAAUUCCAAGAAGCCAAAAACUCAAGCGGAAGUGAAUGCAGAAAAGAAAAAGUUAACGGAAGAAUUGGAUCUUUUGAAACGCGAACGUAAAGCGAACAAGAGUGAAGCAAGUUCUGUGAAUGUUCCUAGUUGCGCAAAGAAGAUUUUGACAAAGAUUGCUCAAGAAGAGAAACUUUUGGCAGAAAAUGAAACCAAGAACAAGACUUCUGAUGUUUCUUUGGGUACUUCCAAGCUGAACUACAUCGAUCCACGUAUCACUGUCGCUUGGCUGAAAAAGUGGGAUGCCAAAUUGGCAAAGAUGGAAGGUAUUGAUUCCAAAGGAAAGAAGACAAAGGUGAAAAAGGAAGAGCCCCCGUCACCGGCUGGAAAGGGAAGGAAAUCCGUCAGCGUGAAAGACGAAAAGACAAACAAGACGGCCGAUUCCGAUCGUAUGGAACUGGAUUUGAAGGUGAUCCCCAUCGGACACUACUUCCCCAUGACUAUGCAAAAGAAGUUUAAAUGGGCCGCUCAAGAAGAAGAUGGAUCAGAUCUCUCUCCGAAUUGGGUAUUUGUUGAAAAAGCUGAAAGCAAAAUUCGCGACAACAUGUCAAGCGCAAGACGCAAGGGUGGAGCUGCUGCCGAUAGCGAUGGUGAAGAUGAAGAAGAGAAGAAUGAUCGAGCUGAAGCACAAAAAGCUAUUGCAGCUGCUAAAGUCAAUUCUAGCAAAACAAAGUAA